AUGUUUAAGAAGAGGAGUGCUGCCAGUAAGACUCGAAAGCGGGUGAAGGUUGAAACUCCGGUGCAGAAGCCUGCUGUACAGAAACCUGCGGUGGCGGUGAAGCCAGUAUUGGAUAAGAGUCAUGUUGCCAAGUUAGAGGAGGAAAUAGCAUCGAGACCAGAACUAGAUCAAAAAGCUGUAGGUGAAGCAGAUGCGACAGCGGUACGGCUUAAGAGACUGAAGGAACAGGCCACAAAACAUGACAGGUUGAACUCCGAACCAGUAGCAUCAAGCAAGAAGAUACAACAAGCAGCGAACCUACGUAAUACUAUUCUAACUGACUUUCAGCCAGAUGUGUGUAAGGAUUUCAAGCAGACGGGUUACUGUGGUUAUGGCGAUAGUUGUAAGUUUUUGCACUCAAGAGAUGAUUUCAAAGCGGGCUGGACUUUGGCCACUGAUUGGAAGAUCGAUGAACAGAAGGAGGAGACGAGAAAAGAGGCGGUGCCGUUCAAAUGUGUUUUAUGUAAAGAAUCCUAUGAACGCCCUGUGAAAACUAAUUGUGGACAUUACUUCUGUCAGAAAUGCUUUGUAAAUAGGAUCAAAAUUGACAAAUCUUGCUUUAUAUGUGGGGAAAACACAGAAGGCAUAGCUAAGAUGGCAACUGAUUUGGUGCCGAUGGACAAUGCAAAUAAGGACAAAUGA